AUGGGUCGGUUAGUAGGAUUAGAGCUGUUCAACUUCAAAUCGUAUAAAGGCGUGACGAAAGUUGGGUUUGGUGAAUCGAACUUCACUAGCAUCAUCGGUCCUAAUGGGUCUGGUAAGUCGAACAUGAUGGACGCUAUUUCAUUUGUGUUAGGGUUCCAGAGCUCGAAUCUGAGGUCCAGCACGUUGAAGGAUUUGGUCUACAGGGAUAUCGCUUCUGCGGACGAGAAUGAGUUUGGUGAGGACGGCGAGAGAUCUGCUUAUGUUAAGGCUUUCUACGAGAAGGAUGGCACUGUCGUCGAGUUAAUGCGAGCUAUUACUGCCGGCAGGGAUUCCGUCUACAAGAUAGACAAUAAAACUACGACGUAUAAGCACUAUUCCGAUUUCUUAGCAGCAGAGAACAUUUUGAUCAAAGCCAGGAAUUUUCUGGUAUUUCAGGGUGAUGUGGAGCAGAUUGCAGCACAGUCUCCCAGACAGUUGACUAAAUUGUUCGAAGAAGUAUCGGGCUCCAUCAAGUACAAGAAGGAGUAUGAAGAGUUGAAAGAAAAGAUCGAAAAGCUAAGUGAAUCCGCUGCUGAGUCUGCUAAAAAUAGAAGAAGAAUUCAAGGUGAAAUGAAGAUAUAUGAGGAUGGUAUAUCCAAAGAUGAAAAGUAUAAAAAACAAUUGGAAGUAAGGGAUAAGUUGCAAGUACACUUGGCACUAUGGCAACUGUUCCAUUUGGAACAAGAAGAAAAAUUAUCGACUAAAAAAUUAAAAGAAGUUAAAAAUAAAGUAAUGAAACUAACAGAUCAAGUUAAUGAAGAAGAAACUAACGUUAAGAAAGCCAAAAAUGAAGUCAUUAAAGAGACAAGCUUGCAAAUGAAACAACAGAACAGGUUAGAUUACAAAGAGAAAGAGAAAGAUAAUCUAUUAAGUGAAUUAACUCCAAUACAGUUAUCUCAAAGGUCCGCUGAGAAACGUCUUGCUAACAUCGAGAAAAGAAUAGAAAGCAUUGCUAGGGAUAUGGAGAGACAGAAAACUUAUGUUUCAAGAUAUGAAAAACAAUUAAAAGUAGUGAAAAAGACUAAAGAUACUUUUGAAGAAGAAUUAAAGCAGUCCAAUAGCAAUCCUGAUAAGUAUCGUUUAAACGAUGAAGAUAUGAAACUCUAUGAAAGAUUGAAUGAACAAUAUCUAACUGAAGGAGGUUUUGAACUAGAUACAAAACUAUCUUUAUUGAAUAAUGAGAAGAAGGAUAUCGAUGAUGAAUUGGAAUUAUUACAAAAGAGAAUUGAUAUGUCAAAAAAUAGAAUCACAGAUGAAUUUGCAGUAAAGGGAGAAAACUUCGAAUUACAAGCAGUUGAACUGUCGUCAGAAUUAAAUGAAAAAAAUUCUCUACAUUUGAAUUUAGCAAAUAAAUUAAAGAAAAUUCAAUCUGACAUUGAAUCAACAAGCAAUAAAGAAUAUGAGUUAAACCAUAAACUGAGAGAUACAUUGGUGAAAUUAGAUGAUGCUAGUGCAAACCAAAGAGAAACUUUGAAAGAGAAGAAACUAAGAGAGAAUGUUUCUAUGUUAAAGAGAUUCUUUCCUGGUGUAAAAGGUUUAGUAAGUGAUUUAUGUCAUCCUAAAAAGGAGAAAUAUGCACUAGCUGUAUCAACCAUUCUAGGUAAAAACUUCGAUUCCGUAGUAGUGGAUACUUUGAGUGUUGCACAAGAAUGUAUAACUUAUUUAAAGAAACAAAGAGCCGGUAUAAUAUCUUUUAUUCCUUUGGAUACUAUUGAUGCAUUUGUGCCAACUUUACCCACCACAAAUAUUCAAGGUAUAACGUUAGUGCUAAAUGCUAUCGACUAUGAUCAAGAAUACGAUAAGGCAAUGCAAUACGUUUGUUCUGAUUCAAUCAUGUGUGAUACAUUGAGUAUUGCAAAAUCAUUAAAAUGGAAACACAAUGUGACCUCUAAAUUAGUAACACUAGAAGGAACUUUAAUUCAUAGGGCAGGUUUGAUGACAGGUGGUGUCUCAAAAGAACAAGGUAAUAGAUGGGAUAAAGAAGAGUAUCAAGGUUUGGUCACUUUAAAGGAUAAAUUGUUAAUUCAAAUUGAACAAUUAUCGAACAAUAGUAAAACUUUUGCUAUUGAAGCAAGAGAUUUGGAGAGUAACAUUUCUCAAUUAAAUUCUUCCAUCUCAGAUUUAAGAACUCAAAUUUCCCAAAUUAACAGAUCUAUUGAGGAAAAUAAGGCAGAAGUCCAAUAUCAUGAAGAUAUGUUAAAGAAAGAAUAUGAGCCUAAGCAAAAUCAAUUAAAUACGAAAUUGGAAUCAAUUGAGAAAUCCAAAAGUGAAAUCAUUGGUCAAAAAGAGCUGUUGCAAAAUACUGUGUUUAAAGAAUUCCAUAAUAAAUUAGGUUUUACAAUUCAAGAAUAUGAGCAUCAUUCUGGUGAAGCCUUAAGACAAAGUAACAAGGAAUUACAACAGUUAGAGAAACAAGUAUUAAAUAUUGAAAGCAAGCUGCAAUUUGAGGUUGAGAGAUAUGAGUCUACAGAGAAAAGACAUAAAAAGGCACAAAUAGAUCUGGAGAACAACAACUCGACCAUUGAAUCUUUACAAGAAAAUGAAGCUGAAGUUGUUGCUAAGAUUAAGGAUAUUGAAAAUGGAAUGUUGGAAAUUAAAAAAGUGUUGGAAGAUUUCAGUAAAGAGAUCGAUAGAAAAAAGAAGAAACUUGCUAUAGCAGAAGAUUCAUUAUCAGAGAAAUCUGAAUUAUUAACUACUUCAACAAAUGAAAAAAUUUCUAUUAAAGAAGAAAUCGAAAAGAAGGAUUUAGAAAAAUUGGGUAUCUUGACUAAUUGUAAGAUUUCCAACAUUCAAGUUCCAGUUGCCAGUAAGAUUGAUUUAAAUAAUUUACCUAUUGGUAAGAUCGACAACGAUGCUAUUUUGAUCAGUAAUGAAAUUUCUUUAGAUUACAAAACUCUACCAGCAAAAUAUAAAGAAAGCUCAAGUUCGAAAAUCAGAAGCGCCUUAGAACAUGAAAUUGAAGUGGUGGAAGACUUACUACAAGAUUUGCAACCGAACGCUAGAGCAGUUGACAGAUUUGAUGAAGCCAAAGAAAGAUUUGAUUCUGCUAGUGAUGAGACAGAAACAUUGAAAAAACAAGAGAGAAAGUUACUAACGCAGUUCCUCGCCAUCAAGAAGAAGAGAAGAGAAGUAUUUGAGAAAGCUUUCGACUAUGUCAGCGAGCACAUUGAACCAAUAUACAGGGAACUAACGAAAAAUCCAAAUUCGACAGCAGAAUUAUCUGGUGGUAAUGCCUCCUUGACGCUGGAAGACGAAGACGAACCGUUCGAUGCCGGCAUCAAGUACCAUGCGACUCCACCUCUAAAGAGAUUCAAAGACAUGGAGUAUCUAUCCGGUGGUGAGAAGACAGUAGCCGCAUUAGCCCUGUUGUUUGCCAUCAAUUCGUACCAACCAUCUCCAUUCUUCAUUCUGGAUGAAGUGGACGCAGCUCUGGAUGUCACGAAUAUAGAGAGAAUCGCCAACUAUAUCAGGAAACACAGCAACUCAGACAUUCAGUUCAUUGUUAUAUCUUUGAAGAACUCGAUGUUUGAGAAAUCUGACGCCUUAGUAGGCAUCCACAGACAACAACAAGAGAACUCGUCAAGAGUUGUAACACUAGACUUGAGCCAAUAUGCCGACUAA